AUGCCAUUAGAACAGUUUCAGGACUUCUCCAAAAUGACCCAAACUGAAGCAAGAACAUCUGAAGAGAUUAAGGGCACAACAGAGACUUGGAAAGAACUGCAGACACCAAGUGUUCAAGAAGUAUUUCAUGUCAUGUUAAUCCCUAAACACUACCAGCAUGUCCUUGCCUUUGUUUUUGCCAUUCAUGAAAUCAACAGGAAUGACAACCUAUUACCCAACACUACCCUGGGCUCAAAAAUAUAUGACAAUGCUUUUAAUCCACCAAGAGUCUCUUGGACCACCUUUGAUCUACUCUUUGCAGGACAGGGGAAUCCCCCUAAUUACAAUUGUGACAGGGUGGAGAAGCUCAUGGCAGUCAUUGGUGGGCUGACCUCUGAAAACUCCAUCCAGAUGGCCAACAUCUUAAAUACUUACAAGUUUCCACAGAUGACUUAUGGCUCUUAUGACCCAGUGUUGGGUGAUAAAAUUCAGUUCCCUCUCUUUCGGAUGGUUCCAAAUGAAACCCCUCAGUUUGAUGGGAUCGUUCACCUUCUGGACUAUUUUAGAUGGAAUUGGAUUGGUGUCAUCAUAUCAGAUGAUGAUAACGGAGAAAUGUUUCUUCAAGCCCUGAGACUAAGGCUGUUCAAGAAUGACAUUUGCAUUGCUUUUACACAAACAAUUCCAACAUUAAAUAUUAAAUCUGCUGAUAAGAAGUUGGGAGAAAUAACUGCAUCCUUCUUCUUAAACAACAUCAAUGUAGUUCUUGUCUAUGGGGAUGUUCAGUCUAUGGAGGGUUUGCGAAUCAUUCUAGGAAUUUAUGAAAUACAUUUGGACCUACCAAUGGAGAAAGUAUGGAUCAUAACUGCCCAGUGGGAUGUCACAGUUACUUUUAGUUCAGGAAAAUUCACACCAAAAAGCUUGAAUGGAACCCUGUCUUUCACACUUCACAGCAAUAAGGUGCCAGGAUUUCAGGACUUUCUUGAUUCCUUAAAUCCACAUCAUUCUUCAAUAUAUUUCAUCCAGAAUUUCUGGUAUACUGUUUUUACCUGUUCAUUCCCAAAAUAUAACCUAUAUUCAACAAAUGAAUGCACCUGCACUGGGGAGGAGAAGCUGGAGAGCCUCCCUCAACUUGUAUUUGAAAUGGAGAUGUCUGGCCAGAGUUACAGCAUUUACAAUGCUGUUUAUGCUGUAGCACAUGCUCUCCACGCCAUGCAGUCAAGAGCCAAACAGAAAUCAAUUCAAAAUGUAGAGAGAUGGAAUCUACCAAAAAUUCAGCCAUGGAAGCUUCAUGCUUUCCUGAGGAAUGUUCGCUUUAACAAUACUGCAGCAGAUGAGAUAUUGUUUGAUGAUAAUUGGGACUUGGCAUCUGGAUAUGAUAUUGUCAAUAUGGUCACAUUCCCUAAUCAAUCUUUUAAGAGAGUGCGCGUUGGGACGAUGGACCCCCAGGCUCCUCCUGGGAAAGAGUUCACCAUUAAUGGGAGUGCUGUUGUGUGGAAUCACAAGUUUCAGCAGAUGCCGCCCCAUGCCAGAUGUGUAAAGAGCUGCCGCACUGGAUAUAGCAGGAUUGUCCAGCAGGGAAAGCAAAUUUGUUGCUAUGAGUGCAUUCAGUGCCCUGAAGGCAGGAUUUCAGUUGAGAUUGAUGCAGAUCAUUGUGAGAACUGCCCAGAAGAUCUGUAUCCAAAUAAGAAACAUGAUCAAUGCAUACCCAGACGUCUCAUCUAUUUAUCCUAUAAAGAAAAUUUGGGGGUAGUUUUGGCUUUCUUUGCUAUUUUGUUUUCCAUGGUAACAGUUGUGGUUAUGGGAACUUUUAUUUGGCACUGGAAUACUCCCUUAGUCAAAGCCAACAACCAGAGCAUCACAUUUACCCUCUUAUCCUUCCUACUGCUUGGCUUUCUGUCUUCCUUCUUAUUCAUUGGCAGGCCUGAGAAGGCAACAUGCCCUCUGCGUCAGACAGUUUUUGGCAUCGUCUUCUCCAUUGCUGUUGCUUGUGUGUUGGCCAAAACUAUCACUGUGGUUCUAGCUUUCAUGGCCACGAAGCCAGGAAACAAGAUGAGGAAAUGGGUUGGGAAGAGGCUGACAGUAUUGGUUAUUGUUCUCUGUACUGUUGUUCAAACUGGCAUCUGCAUUAUGUGGCUGGCCACAUCUCCCCCUUUCCCAGAUUUAGACACACAUUCUCAGAUAAAUCAGAUUUUAGUGCGCUGCAAUGAAGGCUCAGACAUCAUGUUCUACAUUGUCCUGGGCUACAUGGGGCUUCUGGCCAUCAUCAGCUUCACUGUAGCCUUCUUUGCCAGGAAGUUACCUGAUACUUUCAAUGAAGCUAAGCUGAUCACUUUCAGCAUGUUGGUGUUUUGCAGUGUUUGGCUAUCCUUUGUCCCAAGCUACCUGAGCUCUAAAGGGAAAUAUAUGGUGGCUGUGGAGAUCUUCUCCAUCUUGACCUCUGGUGCUGGAUUGCUGAGUUGCAUCUUCCUCCCCAAAUGCUAUAUUAUUAUACUGAGGCCUGAUCUGAAUAGAAGAGAACAACUCAUAAGGAAAUAA